AUGGCUAGUUCGAGCAAUGAAACGGUAAAUUUCUGGAAUAUGAUUCCUCCAGGUUUUCGGUUUGAGCCAAAAGAUGAAGAAUUGAUUACUCAUUACCUAGUUCCCAAGAUUAAUGGCGAAGCUUUGCCACCAAACAAGAUGCAUGAGACUGUAUUGUAUGGUGUGCUCGCUCCUCAAGAUCUUACACUGUAUUAUGAACCGGAAAGUGAGAACACUUGGUAUUUUUUCACAAGAUUAGAAAGAUUGUACGAAAACGGAAGUCGACCUAGAAGAUCCGCUGGCAAUGGUUAUUGGAAGGCUACCGGAGUGGAUGCAACAAUAAGGAACAAACAAGGAGUAAUAAUUGGUCAUAAGAAGGCUUUAGCCUUUUUUAUUAAAAUCGAACCCCCUCCAAUUAAUAAAAACGAACCUAAGGGAAUUAAAACACCAUGGCUUAUGCACGAAUUUCGGCUAGCCAAUACCUCUGAGCCUAAACCCAAAAGACGUAAAACAAAUGAUCAUAAUGCUGCUCAUUCCAACACAACAUCACAUUCCGAAGGGUCCAAGCCAAAAAAUAUGUUGGAUGGCUGGGUGCUAUGCAAAGUUUAUAAACUUGGAAGAGAUGUCGCGGUUGAUGAAGCUCCAAUAAUCCCGGUUGCUCAAGAGGAGCACGAUCAAGUAGUGGUACAUUCUCAAGAGGAGCAUAAUCAAGUUGUACAUGUUCAAGAGGUGCAUAAUCAUCAAGUGGUACAUGCUCAAGAAGAGGACAAUCAAGUGGUACAUGUUCCUGUUUCCCCUAACAAACUUAAUUAUACAAAAGAGGAUAUUCUUCGACAUCUAGAACUCGAUGAAGACGUCUUACAUCACCCUCAGCCUACUGAUGACCCGUUGUUAAAUUCGUUUAAUAUGGAUAUGAGCUUUCAACCAGAGCUACUACACGUUGAAGAACACGAUAUGAGCUUUCAACCAGAGAAUCCCAUACAAAUGCCAUUACCACAUUACUCAGAAAAUUUUGAGUUUAUAUUGAAUAACAUAUCGUUUGAUUCUUGA